GCCUCCGCUGUCGCCGCUCAGUCCUCGACUGUCAUUCCCGCUCCCGUAGUGACCGGUAACCCUAUCGGCGCCAAGUACGUUGGUACUCUUCCUCCCAAGGAGGGCAGCACCCUCACUGGUUCUAUCGAGGCCACUACUGGCGCCGAUGGCAAGGGCGUCAAGUUCUCCGUUUCGUUCGCUGGCCUCCCCGAGACUGGCGGUCCCUUCAUGUACCACCUUCACGCCAAGCCGGUUCCCGCUGAUGGAAACUGCACUGGCACUGGCGCUCACUUGGACCCGUACAUGCGCGGCGAGGUUCCCGGUUGCGAUGCCAGCAAGCCCGAGACAUGCCAAACUGGUGACUUGAGCGGAAAGUACGGAAAUGCUACUGAGCAGACUUUCUCGGCCGAGUACACUGACUUGUACUCUGCUACUCUGCCUUCAGACCCUGCCUUCUUUGGCGCCUUGUCCUUCGUCGUUCAUCUCAGCAACAAGACUCGUAUCGGCUGUGCCAACUUCACCAUGAUCGACGCUGGCUACGCCGCUCCCCCACUGUCUACUGGCUACCCUAUGAUGCCCCCCACCAACACCUCUUCUGGCUUCGCUCAGUCCUCAGGCAUGCCCCUCUACAACGCCACCACUAUCGCUGCCUCACCAACUGCUGGUCUGCCCAUCACUCCCAGCGCAGCAUCCUCAUCAGCCCCAGCUGAGUUCACCGCCGGCGCCGCUAAGAUUGCCGGUGGCGCUGGUGCUCUGCUCGCCGCAGCUGCCGCCGCACUUGUC